AUGGCUAAAGGUACCAAUUCCUCUGAACUUUCUGAGUUCGAAAAACAGCGUCUCGCAAACAUCGCUGAGCGCGAUGCGCUUUUGAAGAAGCUGAGCCUGGAAGCGCAAUCGGCGGGCCUCUUUACGGCGCCGAAAGCACCGGGCAGUGGUGCACCAAAGCCAAAAAAGAAGGCUGCCCCAAAGCGCAUCAAAGAGGAGGAAGCGCCGCUCCCUCGUCGCCAGUCAUCGCGCCUGCGGGGACUCACGGCGGAUAGCGAAGUUGUCAAGCGAAAAGCCGAAGAAGAGUAUGAAGCAGCCAGAGAGGCGGAGCGCGCCAGGAAGGUUCGGCGGACCGAUGCUUACUCUGCAAAUGAUAUGUUUAUCGCUGGGCAGAAGCUGGAGGGAGAUAGUUUAAUUGGCGUCGACGUCGUGAAUAAGGGUGUUGCAGAGCCCUAUGUACGGACCUUUGGCGAUGACGACAUUAAGAAGACCACCGACAAGGACCUCAAAGCUUUGCGCGAGGAAAUGAAUGGUCUCAGCUUGUGGACGCAGUGGGAUCCUCAAAGGAUCAAGAUCACGCCUGAACGAAUCUAUGCCAUGGCUUUUCACCCUUCUGAAACGAAGCCCUUGGUCUUCGCUGGCGACAAGCUAGGGCAUCUGGGAGUCUUUGAUGCUUCGCAAGAAAGGCCAGAAACAGGAGACGACGAGGAAGAAGAUGACCCCGACCCGGUUCUGACUACUCUCAAGCCGCAUACCAGAACCAUUAGCGCGAUGAUGGUUCACCCGUCAAAGCCAACAUCAUUAUUCACCGCAAGCUACGACAGCUCAAUCCGAGAACUGGAUCUUGAGAAGACAACUUCAAUGGAAAAAUAUGGCCCCGAAUCUACCAACAUUGAUGAAGCGCUGUCCGGGGUGGAUAUGGCCGCCGAAGAUCCUAAUACAUUAUAUUGGACAACGCUGAAUGGUACUUUUGGUCGCUAUGAUAUGCGGGAUAGGCUUUCGUCAAAGUCGGUCACAAAUUGGCAGUUGUCCGAGAAGAAAAUUGGGGGCUUUUCGAUCUCUCCGACUUUACCACAUUAUUUCACGACGGCGAGUCUGGAUCGAACGAUGAAGCUUUGGGAUUUGCGAAAACUUUCGGUGGAUGAGCCUGUGCCGGUGGGGGAACAUGAGAGUCGUCUCUCCGUUUCCCAUGCGGCAUUCAACGCAGCUGGUCAGAUCGCCACUACAUCCUACGAUGAUACCAUUAAGAUCUACGACCUUUCAUCCAAAGGUGUGUCCACGUGGAAGCCAGGCCACACUGUCUCUGAAGGAGACUUCCGCCCCGACACAGUUGUAAGACAUAACUGCCAGACAGGCCGUUGGGUGACGAUUCUUCGGCCCCAGUGGCAAAUGAACCCUCAGUCUCAUAUUCAGCGAUUUUGUGUUGGCAAUAUGAAUAGGUUUGUCGACAUUUACAGCGGCUCCGGCGAUCAACUUGCUCAACUUGGAGGCGAGGGGAUCACAGCUGUUCCUGCAGUGGCUGUAUUCCACCGCAGCAAGAAUUGGGUUGCUGGAGGGACGGCCAGUGGAAAGCUUUGCCUGUGGAUGUAA